UGAUGUAAACAAGGGUCCUGUCAUUAAACAUGGAGACGAGCUACACAAUGGUAACCUGAGAGAAAAAAACGAAGAAGAAAAAUGAAAAUACCCAAAAGAAAACUAUUCCUUUUAAUUAUUUUUGCGUAUGUAGCAUUUUCUCUCUAUGCUGCAUACAAUGUUUUCUUCAGCACCAAAGUAAUUUCCCGCGUUCACAGGGUGGUUAAGAAAGAGACGGGGGCACCCUCGGGUGGUGUCAGAGAUGGCGGUGCUGCUCCAUUUCUAACAGAUGAAUGGAAUCCGUGGGAGGAUGAACAGGUGGAGUACAACUCUGCUUUGAACAAAAAGAGAGAGGCCUUCAAACAGCACCUGAGUCGAAUUGACAAGAACAAACCCAAAAGGUACAGGGUCCAAAUCUGGGGAAAAGCUGCUAUAGGGCUUUACCUUUGGGAACAUAUUUUAGAGGGACCCCUCAACCCUACUGACAAGGUAGCACAGUGGAGAGAAGGAGAGCUACAGUCAGGAAAGAUUGAUUUCAGUUUCUACACAGGUCCAGCUGUGGUCCAGGGUCAUGUCCCUCUGGAUAUGAACAGCUUGGUUCUGGUUCUGAACGGUCGCGAGCAGCAGAAGGUCUCUUACUCGACACGUUGGCUGGAACAUGUCCAAACUAUGGUGCAGUCCCACUCAGUGUCACAUGUGGCUGUGGUCCUGCUGGGCAAUGAGCACUGCAAUAACGACUGGAUUGGCCCGUACUUAAAGAGAAAUGGUGGCUUUGUGGAGCUGCUGUUUCUGGUGUAUGACAGCCCCUGGAUCAAUGACAAAGAUGUCUUCCAGUGGCCUCUUGGUGUUGCCACAUACAGGCAGUUUCCUAUGAUCAGGCCCAAUGCCCAGCUGAUCACCUCCAACAGACCAUACCUUUGCAAUUUCCUAGGAACCGUUUACAAAAAUUCCUCCAGAGAAAUGCUCAUGCAGGUGCUGAAACAGUCUGGUCUGGAUAAGGAAUGCAUCACCGCUGCCAGGGAGAAGUGGCUCCCUCAGGAGACAGCAGACAGUUUGAGACGCUAUCAGACAGCUUUGGCCCAGAGCGAGCUCACUCUCUGCCCAGUCGGGAUCAACACGGAGUGCUACCGAAUCUACGAGGCCUGCUCUUAUGGCUCAGUGCCUGUGGUGGAAGAUGUACUGACACCUGGGACCUGUGCGGCUGGGCCCAGCUCCCCGCUACGUCUGCUCAAAGCUGCAGGAGCACCCUUCAUCUUCAUCAGUGACUGGAAAGAACUGCCGGCCAUCUUGGAGAGGGAAAGAGGGAUGAGCCAAGAGCAGAGGGUGGACAGGAGGAGAAGGCUGUUGGAGUGGUACGCCAGCUUCCGUCAGCAGAUGAAGGAGAGGUUCACUGAGGUCAUCGAGGAGACUGUCUUCAAAAGUGGCUGAUCGUGGUGCUUAAUUAACAAAACUUUAAAAGAUAAACAAGGGUAGAUGUUCAACAUUGAUUUAAUUUAUUUUGUCAUUUGUUGAGAAAUGUGACAUACUACUGGUAUAGUGAAUCUGAUUAUGUUCAGUGUAAUAUGUGUGGGUUAUUAUAAAACCAUUUAUGUAUGUAGUAAAGUGUUAAAGCUGCCAUUACCAGUCAGCAAAGGGCCGCAUGACAUUACUGUACAUUUAUUAUCUAUGUUUACAAUGGUGGAACGUCCAGGUAUUUUAGAAAUUACAAAUGAUAAACUGCCUUUGCAUUUGAAAGUCGUCAUACUGCAACCCUGAUUCCAAAAAACAUGGAAUGCUGUGUAAAACAUAAACAAAACAGAAUGUGAUAAUCUGCUAAUCCUUUAUGGCAGCGAAAGACCGUGAAAGUCUUGUUUGGAACAUUCAACAGGUAAACAGGUUCACUAAUAACAGGUGAUGAUGUCAUGACUGGGCAUGGCAUGAUCGUAUAAAGGAUAUUACUACAUGGACUCAGGAAUACUUUGUAAAACCAUUGUCUGUAACUAGUUUGCAAAUGAUUGCAUUCUGUUUUUAUUUACAUUUCACACAGUGUCCCAACUUUUAUGGAAUUGAGAUUGUAUUUCAGCUGUGUUUUUCUAUCUCUGUAUGCACUUAAUAUUGUGAUUUUUAGGACACACUAAAAAAUAGGUGUAGAAUGAGACUGAUGUGUUUUUAGGCCUUGUUGGAAAAUGGUACUUAGAACUAUUUUGUAUUGUGAGCUGCUUGAAAAUUGAUAUUGUUGCUGUGGCAUGUCUUGAUUUUCAUAUCAAAACAUAACAAAAACAUUUCUUCUUUGCUCUUUUCAUUUCAGUUCUGUGCUGCAUGGAUUUUUUUAAUUUUUUUUUUUUUUUAAGAAAGUGCAAUAAAAUAAACUGGAGUGUUGUCCUGAAGAGAAA